AAGACCACGAGGAAUGUCUGGGGCUGGAUCGGGUGGAUCUGGCCGACCAGCUGUUACGACGCCAAUGUCUGAACGUCAGCAGAUGGCACUGCUAAUGCAGAUGACCUCUGGUUCCAACGAUGCGGAAAUGAGCCCCGGAGGUGGAGGUAGCAACUCGGCUCACUCCCGAUCGCGGGAUCGUAUUAAUGAGCGAGGCGAAACGGCGCUUCAUAUAGCGUCCAAAAAGGGUGAUCAGGAUUCGGUUAAAAAGUUGCUCGAGCAGGGAGCCAAUCCAAACGUGACCGAUUUUGCGGGAUGGACACCCUUACACGAGGCCUGCAACCACGGCCAUUACAAUGUGGCAUUGGCUUUGGUGAAAGCGGGAGCAAACAUUAAUGCAACCGGGCUGGAAAAACGAUACGCCGCUCCCGAUGCGGCCAAUACCGGGCAGCUGAAGCUGGUAAAGAUGCCUUGUCGAGCGUGGGGCCGAUCCAUCGUUCAAAAAUCAGAAAGGCAAAACACGCCAUGCGACGUUGGCGGCUCCGGCUGUGGUAUCACUAUCUGA